CGCAGUAGUUCUAGAGUUUCCCGCGAAAUCUAAUCACAUGGUCGAUCGUUUGAGUACUGUGUUUUGAAAUUUUGAUUUUUCUCUCAUAAUUUACGCUCAAAAUCCCGGCAAUUCCACAAUGCCGUGCAUAGAAGACUGGCUGAGUUCGCCUCUAAGUGUCGUUGAUGGAAUCUGUAAGGAAACAAGCGGGAAGGCAGCCAUGGGAACAAUUUGCGAGUAUUUUACUCAGCGAGUAGAAGAGAACAUUCAUCGAAUUCCCUCGAUAAACGACACCCCAUUGCACUACCUGAAGCCAAACAGCCUGGUUAGAUUUCGCUGUAUGGUUCAAGACAUGUUUGGCCCGGAGUAUUUUCUAUCCCAAUACGAAGUCAAAUCGAAAUCCACCGGCGAGACCGUCCUCGCGAGUGGCUUGUAUCGAGAUGUAGUUGAUUGUAGUGGGGAUUUAGAGGUCGACUUCAACUCGCCAAAAUGUGUGACGUCCGAGAAACAGACGUAUUACUGUGUACCGAUACCCGGAGAGACGGAAUGGGCCAAGCAGGCCUUUGCUGAGAGGUCUCCAUUGGUGCAGCACGGAGGCCCGUCGCAGCUGAGCAUGAGCAACAAGAGGUCCCUCGAAGAUGAUGAGAUGGAGGGGGAUCACACCACAGAUGGGCAUAUGGAGACAGAUAGUGAUGAUAUGUCAGCAAAGAAAACCAGGACUGAGGAGACAAAAGCAUCCACAAACAAUAUAGCUACAACAGCAAUGCCUAGUUUGAACUUUCCCCUUCCUGGCGAGCAGGGUCCUGCCUGCCUCGUUCAUCUUUAUGAGCAGUGCGACAACAUCAAGCUCAACGAUACCCUAGAGUUCAUUGGUAUUUUAUCAGUGCACCCUAGUCUUGCAUCAACUCCAGGUGAAGCACCAAGUGACCCAUCAUUUAUCACAGCAGAUGAUGUGAUGUGUCAGGAGGAAAGGGCUGUUCACCACCCACCACCGUCACUAGUGCCCCGCCUUCACUGCCUCGUAGCUCGACCAAUGAAGCACUCAAACCCAACCAUGCCUACCGUUUUAGCUGAGGACUCUCUGAAGUCAUUGACUCCACCUGUGCUUCACGUUCGUGAUGAUCUUCUUGCAGCGCUAGAGAAGUUACUGUGUGGUGAUCGGCUUGCCGCGGAGUAUCUACUCUUGCACUUACUGUCAACUGUGUACACACGAAGUGGUGUGAUGGCGGUAGGGAAGUUUGCCAUCAACUUGAGUGGUCUUCCUACUCAACAAACUCUGCCCCUGGAAGAGAGGAUCAGCUCACAAGUUGCUAAAUUCCUCAAGCAUGUUCUCCCAAAAUGUCACCUUCUACCCAUGACUCUAAACAAUCUGAACUCUUUGAAUUUCAUCCCAAAGAAGGAUUAUACCAAAGAUAGGCUGAUGUCUGGCAUGCUGCAGCUGUCGAAUGGGACAGAGCUGGUACUUGAUGAGACAGCGAUGGAGGCGGGCCAGCUGAAUGCAACAGGUGUCCAGAAUGUGACCUCUCUUGGUAACCUUAUGUCCUGGCAAAAGCUGGCAUACGACUUCAACUUUUACAAGACCGAGUUCAUGGUUGAUAUUAAAGUGUUGGUGAUGUCAGAGGGUAAAUCCUUACUUCCUAGCGAUUGUCAAGUAAAGCUCGACCCACAGAGAUCUGCAGAUUCUGCAGAUACAGUGCUUAACAAUAUCAACCAUUCAGUGAUUGAGAAGAUGCGUUGCUAUCUAGGCUUGCUGAGAUUUGCAGAGUAUUCAGUCUCGCCUGAGAUGCAAAAGGUUCUUCAGGAGGACUUUGUUAGUGUCAGACAGCAAACGGAUGGGAAGAUGUCUGCUGAUGACUUCCACCUUCAUCUCCUAUUGGCUAGACUGCUGUCAAUCAGCUAUGGACAAGUGCCGCUGACCAAUGAGGUGUGGGCUAAGGUUAAGAACAUGGAGUCAAAGCGCAGAGCUCGUCUGUCUGUGACAUCACAAUGAAGUGUUUUCUGACAUCAUCAUUAGAGAGGAGAGUACAUGUAUUUAUUAGUCAAUGCCACAUAAGCCUUUUCUGGCUGUUACCAGUGGGACCAAGUAGUGCACACUGUUAGUCUGAGAGCACUGUGCUUACUACUGUAUUCUUGAAUCAGGUUUUAGCUCUAACAACUAAAACAUUUAAUACACAGGAGCAGCACUAAGGCUUUAUAUUGAUGUUAAAAUGUUGUCAUAACUAUCCUAUUAAGACUGUUUCUGUACUUUGGGCGAUAGAAUCUCAGCCCAACUUGUUUUACAGUGAUAAAGGCUUAAAAUCGUAAGGAACAUAAUAAAACCCAUUAGCAGAUUCAAGUGAAAAUAUACACCUUUUUGCUGUUCAAUAACGGGAAAGGGACAUUCAUUUGUGGCAAACGUUGUAUCGUUAACGUGCAUUGUACGUUCGUCAACAUCGCACGAAACAUUUUUAGCGUGACUCGACUUUCAAUAACAAUGAUUGAAUAUGCGCGAACAUUCAAUAGCAUCAACGGGCAAUCAAUAACGCAAUUGGGCAUUCAUUCGGGAUGGAAUGAACAUUCUUUUGCAUGCAAUCGAGAAUUCAAUUACACAUUUGGACAUUCAGUAGCGUUUAUUGACAACCAGUUAUAAAAAGUAGAAAAUUCAUUAGUCUAUUAACAUAAACAAAGACAAUCAAUAAGCCUUUUCAGACAAUCAUGUUUAUCAAUGAGCAAACGAGCAAUCAAACGAGCAAUUGAAUUUUCAUUGCGCGCAAAAGAAUUUUUGUUCCAAUCGAAUUGAAUGUCCAAGUGCGCUAUUGUUUCUCCGUUGAUGAUAAUGAAUGUUCACGAAUAUUCAAUUAUUGUUAUUGAAAGUCGAGUCACGCUAAAUGAUGUUUCGUGCGAUGUUGAUGAACGUACAAUACACGCUAUCGAUGUAACUUUUGGCACAAAUGAAUGUCCCUUUCCCGUUAAUGAACAGCAAAGGUGUAAAAAAAAGGUAUCAGAUUUCGUAAGUGAAUGGUUGUUUUGAGUUUUUCUUUGUAGACCAUGCCUCGUAUCUAGGUCCAAAUGUAACCAGUAACAAAGGAGAUGAUGAUCGACGAUCAUUAACGAUUAAUGUCUAUUCAUUUCUAGAAAUAAAUCGGAGUCGGAUA